AUGGACCUCAUUGGCCUGCUCAAGUCUCAGUUCCUCUGCCACCUCAUCUUCUGUUACGUAUUUAUUGUCUCGGGCCUAAUCAUCAAUGCAAUCCAGCUCUGCACACUUGUCCUCUGGCCCAUCAACAAGCAGCUCUUCAGGAAGAUCAAUUGUAGACUCUCCUACUGCAUCUCCAGCCAGUUGGUGAUGUUGCUGGAGUGGUGGUCAGGGACGGAAUGCACCCUCUACACAGAUCCCCGAGACUACACCAAGUAUGGCAAAGAGAACGCCAUUGUAGUGCUUAACCACAAGUUUGAGAUCGACUUCCUCUGUGGGUGGACCCUGUCAGAACGAUUCGGGGUCUUAGCGGCCUCCAAAGUUCUGGCCAAGAAGGAGUUGGCCUAUGUGCCCAUCAUUGGCUGGAUGUGGUACUUCCUGGAGAUGGUGUUCUGCAAACGCAAGUGGGAGGAAGACCGCAAGACCGUCAUGAAGAGUCUGCUCAACCUCCGCGAUUACCCCGAGAAGUUCUUUUUCCUGAUCCACUGUGAGGGCACACGCUUCACAGAGAAGAAGCACCAGAUCAGUAUGCAGGUAGCCAAGGCCAAGGGACUGCCGGGCCUCAAGUACCACUUGCUGCCACGCACCAAGGGCUUUGCCAUCACCGUGCGGAGUUUGAGAAAUGUAGUUUCAGCUGUAUAUGACUGUACACUCAAUUUCAGAAACAAUGAAAACCCGACCCUGCUUGGAGUCCUAAAUGGAAAGAAAUACCAUUCGGAUAUGUACGUCAGGCGGAUCCCCCUGGAGGAUGUCCCCGAGGAUGAGGACGAGUGCAGCGCCUGGCUCCACAAACUCUACCAGGAGAAGGACGCCUUCCAGGAGUACUACUAUCGCCGGGGCAUCUUCCCGGAGACGCCCAUUGUGCCCCCUCGGCGGCCCUGGACGCUGCUCAACUGGCUCUUCUGGGCCUCACUGCUGCUCUACCCCUUCUUCCGCUUCGUGGUCAACAUGGUCAGCAGCGGGUCCUCCCUGACCCUGGCCAGCUUUGUCCUCGUCUUCUUCAUGGCGUCCGUGGGCGUGCGAUGGAUGAUCAGCGUAACCGAGAUCGACAAGGGCUCAACCUACGGCAACGCCGACUGCAAGCAGAGACCGUGA